AGUCACGUGACGCUGGGAAAAGGAAUGCCAACAUGGACCCGUGGCAAGGACGGGAUGUGAGCGCGCUGCCACAAUAAUACGACGGAGAAAAGCGUCCAGAACUGCGCCUGUCGAGCUCUAAUCGACGUCCCAGCGCAAAUAUUCACCGAGGAGCCUGUCUCGCGCACGUUUUUCUUGGAUAGGGUUUCAGCGGCUGUGAUCGGCCUGGAUCAAUGGUGUCUCUCAGCAGUAGAACGCUGAGUUUGGAGAAUGACCUGUUCAGGGACAGCAGCCUGUUCUCUCUGGGUGUGGGAGAUGGAGCCAGCAGCGAGGGGGGCAGCUCGGCGUCCUGUGACAGUCCUGAGGUGGGGGACCUGGGGGCCCUGCACAGCUCCAGCUCCGCCCCAGAUGAAGACGAGGAGGAGGAGGAUGAAGAUGAGGGAGCACAGCUGCAUAUUUUUUUAGGUGCCCCAGGAGAAGAUGAGGCUUCAAAUCAGGAAUCCACACUUCCAGAGUUCCCCUUUCACCUGCCGUCCCCUUUCUCCCCCACACUGGAGGACAUCGAGGAGUUCCUCAAGGAAAAGAUGGAUGUUGUCCAAGACGGGCUGCUCACCCCGAAAGAGGAGGCCUCCCCUCUGCCAUGCACAUCCACUGCGGAUCCUCCAAGUCCCACAGAGACGGGCAGUGAGCCUGAGACUAGCCCCCCACAAUGCACUUCACUCACCCCAAAGAAAGAGCACACCACUUCAUCACAGUCUGCCUCGGUAGUGACCCCUUGUCCCACUGUGAGCCCCCCCAUGCUGUUAGGGACUCCUUUGGUUCUGCAGAUACAGCCCGUACCUCUUGCCCAGCCUCAAACUCCAGCAGCAGCUUCUCCUGGUCCUCAAAGUGGCAUAUGGCUCACCCACCUGGUAAUGGGCCUCCAAGGGGCUACUGGACAGAAUGUCACUCUGCUCGCGCCCCAGGUUCCCUCCGCUGCCACAACCACAGCCACACUGGUGUCUCUAAACAACGGAGACGCCAAGACAACCGACCAGAAGUAUGUAAAGAUUGCCCCUUUGCCCAUCACGAUGAGGACUGUUGAGAUUACAGGCGUCACAGGAGUGGGGGGCCAGGGAAACGGUGUGCUGAAAGCGGUGGCUCCCCGAAUGUCCAGAGUUCCCACCACGGAGAGGGUCCAUAAGUGCUCCCACCCUGGCUGUGGGAAGAUGUACACCAAGAGCAGCCACCUGAAGGCGCACUUCCGUCGUCACACAGGAGAAAAACCAUACACAUGUAGCUGGCCUGACUGUGGAUGGAGGUUCUCCCGUUCGGAUGAGCUGUCCCGUCACCGCCGCUCACACUCGGGAAUUAAACCCUAUGAGUGCUCAUUGUGUGAGAAGAAGUUUGCCCGCAGUGACCAUCUCUCAAAACACACCAAGGUGCACCGCAGCUCCAGACCCAGUCGGAUUAUCCGAACCACCAUGUGACACUUACUGAGAGGGUUAAACCUCCACCACGGCCUGAGGCACAGUCUUCACAGCUGUGUCAUCCCAAACUUUUAGUGGAUUCUAAGAGCUGGCCGCUGCCCUUUUUUUCUUUUUUCUCUUUUUCUUUUUACCACUGCUUUUUGCUUUGAACUGGCCCUAGUGAGUUGCCCAUGUAAGUGCAACAAGCACUAUGUCACCUCAGGAAAAAAACUUUCCAAAUGGAUUUCCUGGCCUUCAACUCAAAACACAACAGGAGUCAUACUGCAGAGGCCUAUCUCACAGUACUGCUGUUGUUAGAAGCCACCGGUGCUCUGUUGUCACUACUAUGCUCUCCAACUGUCCUAGGGAUGCACCAAUCCAAUAUUAUAUUAUGGUUCUGAAAAUGACUGAAAACCAUGAUCUGUCUCACAGUGGGACUUGCUCAAAGAGCCGUUCACUCAAAUUCCUUUUGUAUAUUUCAGAAUGCGGUUGCACUUUGCCUCGCUCUAUGCUAAUGCUAUUUUUAUAUUAAAUGAAAACAUAAAUUUGGUAUAUUUUAAGUCAUUCUAAAUGAUUAAAAUUAAUUGCAAAGUCAGAAAAUUUUUGACUUUGUAUUUUGAAAGUUUUUCCUCAAAUGUACCUCAGACAAGACUAUCAUCAUUGAAACCAAUGAACUAACAUUUAUGUGGUUAGUGUAGUUCAAUACUGCCCUGCAGCUGCUGCCGAUUGAAUGGUAUGAAUUCCUGGAAAAAACUGUACUAUUUGUUACAUGCUUUCUGGGAAAAAAAAGCCGCAUUGAUGCUUUUUGUAAAAGGUUGAAAGUCUUGUUUCUGACGUUUUUAGCACUUCUUCUUUUGAAUUUAUUUUUAAAUUAUUAUACGCUGCUAACUCAAUGAAUCAAAUGGAUUGGAAACCAUGCUAAUGAGAUUUUGAUGGGACUGUAGGAAUUGGUGCAUCCCUAUUUAGUUCCACCAAGCCAGCCUUCAGGGUCCACAAAACUAAUCUUCCAACAUUUUGUACUUUAUUCCAGUUUAUUUAGUGUUACAUGUCUGCCAUGUGUUAUGAUCAUGAGGCUUCAGAGAUAGCUUUUCACAUGGCCAGAUUUAUGAUUCAAGACCAGUUUUGUAGGGUAAAAUCCCGUUUAAAGCACUCUCAACCAAACACUUAGAUAUUUAGCUUUGUAGUUGGCUCUUUUAAAAGCUCUUAUGCAUAACAUAAAGUGCAUCAAGUAUUGGCCUUUAUUGCCUUGUCAAGCUCCCCUCCGCCCCUGACCUGUUUGCCUUUCACAGUCCUAAUCUCAAGCGGAUGCCUUUGUCCAUCUCACAAAAAAAGGAAAAAAAAAAUCACCUGGUCUUGUUUUUGUUGUCAUAUGACUUUUCUAACUGUGAUUCUGAAGUGGGGCCAGACCAGAUGUCCCUCUUUUGGUUCUGAGACAGCAUGGACAUUACACACUUGCUACAUAACAGGGUUAUAAGCUCAUUGUUUUAUGAAAGUCUCUUAAUGUGCUGACGAAUCGGUGGCCUAGUUCCUCUCGGCCUAUAUAUUCAACUUAUGCUCAAUGGUGCAAAUGUGAUGUGAAGUACUGCCCGUUCAUUUUCAGUACACGUUACAGUAGCUGCUACUGUAUGCAUUCUGCUGGUUUUAGAAGCAAGAGAAGCUAACUGUUUCAAGAGCUGGACAGGCAGCUAACUACUACUCAAUCAUGUGUAAUGUAACAUACUCAAUAUAAAUGUAAAGAACAAUAAGGACAGAAAUAACAUGUACAAAGCUUGUAGCCUUUAUAUAGAUGUUUUUAUCUAACUUCAAUCAGUGCAUUAAGCUAUUCAGUGGUGUUACUCCAGAGGCUGAUGGUCACUUACAUGAGUUUGAUUGUAGCGUGAUCAACGUGUGGAAUGUCAAACUGAGUACGGUCUGGGAUUUAGAUUCUCAUUCUACCCAUUCAUGAUGCAUUAAGCUUGGUCUGCUGGUCUCAAGUGCACUUGUGUUUGUGAGAAACAGAAUCAGUUGCGCUCUUAUGAGUGUCUUGCAAAAAAUGCCAAAAAUUGAAUUCAACAGGUUUCACAGCACUUACAGCUCUUGUGGUUUUAACAGAUUAAAUUAUGGUGCUCAUUCAUCAGUGCUUCACAGAACUGGUAUAUGUCUAUAGAAUCAGCUACUUACUAUAGACACUUGAUUUUAACUGUUUCCUUGUGGGUGGUAUUGGUGCUUUGAAAAGAACUCAAGCAUGUAGCAACAUACAACAGUGAAUUUAUAUCUAUUAGCGUUACAUUAGGAACCUUACUGCAUCUGUGCUUGUUGAGUUUGUCGGCUCACAACAGGCAGACAGUAGACGUGUUUAUCUGUCUGAGCCUUCCAGGCUGCUUCCACUGACCUACAUCCAGACCGCAUUCACUAAUCAUCUCUUGGCCCUCUGUCAGUCUGCCCAACUCGGGCUGUUUUUUUUUUUUUUUCUUUUGGAAUACGAUAAA